UUCUAUAAUCACAUUUAUACUGUGUGACCACUGACAGUGACCAGCGCUUUUAGAAGAUUUUCUAUAUAUCCAGGAGGGCGAGAUGACCUCCAGACCGAGGUGACAGAAAGAAUUCGCUUGCACCUAAGGUUUCAUAGUAGUGGUCUUAUACAAAAAGUUGUUUUAAACAGACGCUUAUAUCAUACUUUUACACUGUUUAUGUUGAAAACAGAAGGGGAAAACUGACGAAAUGAUGGCAUUAUUAAUCUUGGCGCAGGUCAAUAUGAAUUAAAGAUAAAAAUCAUAUAAUAAAAUAGCAUGUGAUGAAUCAAGUGUUUAAAAACAUUUUAAUUUUUUUUAUAAACUUUUUGCACCUAAUAAUUCUUAUUUUUAGUUCUAUAGUAUUAAGUAAAAUGUGUGCAUGCCCUUCUUAUUUCUUGAAACAAUAUCAGACCGCUAUCGAUCAUUGGCUGGAGGAUUAUUCUUCAGAAUUAUAUUGACUGCACGAACUUCACGAGUGUUUUAACAUAAAAUUCUCAACAUUCUGGAACAUACUAAAUCACUUCAUUUUACUUUUUAUUUGAAAUUCCUCAAUAACGAAAAUACUUAUUUUGUCAUUAUUCCGGAGGCGUAUUCCUUUAACCAACAUUGUUAAAACAAACAUGCCUGUUAGGGGCGGUAACUCUGAUACAUUGAACACUUUUUACUAUGUUCUUUAGAGCCAAUUUGCCUGCUGAUUAUGGCACAGGGCGUUGCCAAGCGUGCCGCCAUUUUAGAAUUACAAUGGUUUUACCAUCGCCAUGUUAUUUGCUUGGAGGCAGGGAUUCGUCAAAUUCUCUGACUGUACUCAAAACACAGUCAAAUAAUUUCGUUCUUUACUGUACCGAUAAGGGAAGGAACACUGUGUUAGUGUUUUGGAGUUUACAACCGCCUCAACGACUUUUUUUUAUACAUAUACAAUGAUAUAGAAGCUUGUGUGUCGCCUAAACACGUCAGUAAACGAAUUGACUCAGUUGAAUAUGUUUGUUCUGUUUUGCCCUGUUCUUGAUCAAUUUAGUUUUUCUUCAGCAGAUUCGGAAACCAAUGGUUGAGAGGAAAAGAAGAGAAAGGAUGAAUAACAGCAUAGCUCAACUGAAGUCACUUAUUGCACAGACCAUCAAACAUAAUACAGCUCCAAUGACACGUGUUGACAAGGCGGAUAUCCUCGAGCUGACUGUGUACCAUCUCACACAGAUACACCAACAGCAGCAAUCCGUUGCUAUGGCAGCAGAGGUCGCAGCGUAUACAGCUGGAUAUAAGGAAUGUGCGCGAGAAGCCGUGACCUACUUGUCUAAUUGCAGAACGCCAGCUGCAGUCAGUGGGUCGCUAAGCAACCAUCUUCACAGUUCCAUGCUGGCGAACAACAGCUGUUUACAUAAUUCACAAAGAACGAACGCCUUGAGUCAAUUGAAACGCCACUCUACACCACUUAGACCAUGUGACAGUUUGAAUCCAUCUUUGCCGGAUCUUAAUGUCUAUGGUUACACGCCGAUUCAAAAUGACGAUCAGAGUUCACCGGAAGUAACGUUAUCAUUUGACUACGCAAGCGUGACUUCAGGUUCCUCCAUAGAUUUAUCAAGCUCGUGUUCCAGUUCCGAUGAAUCACACAAGUCGUGUACACACUACAGUAUUAAUGACGUCAGACGUGAACAGGACCUAUCUGGGACUGACAAAAGCACGGACGUUGUUACCAUUGGGAUUGGCAGGGAGAAUGAAAUAGGUCACGUGAUCAAAGAGAUACCAUGGAGGCCGUUUUAAAGAUAUGGUUCAAAUAUUUUAUUGCAUUGUUUCAAAGACGUAAAUUAUAAAUAGGCUUAGGCUAUAACUGCUGGGUAUGAAGUUCUGAAAUCAGGUAAUGAAUAGAUCUACCUACUCCGACUCAGGACUUGUGGAAACAGAAGUUGCAGAGUUGCAAGAAAAAAGAAGAUGUUUGCUAAACUUGUCAAAAAGAACAUAUCUUAUAUGUGCUAUGUAUAUAAACUUUUAUAUUGUUCGAAGUAUAAUUUAUUCGACUGACCUAUUGUUUUAGAAAAUGUGUAUGUUAUAUGUACAUAUCAAAAUAAAACGCCGUAUAAACUAGCACAUGCAGAGUCAUUUUGAAC